GCUCGGCCGUUCGAAUCGUUCGUGCCGAACCCGGUUAAGCGGAAUCGUUCUUUAUAACCUGUUAUCAACGAGCAAACAUGCGGGAAAAGAACAAUUCCGUGAAACAUCAGAACUAAACGCAACAGAGUCUAGAUGCGUCCCGUACAGUCGCGCUCGCGAUAGACAGUGCAAACAAAAGAACCAGCUUCGCGAAGCGCUAUUGUAGUUUAGUCCACAAGAUGGAGAACGCUAACGCGGAAUCUCAGAGUGACGCCGACCAGGCCGAAGUUUACGACGAGCAGUGUCACCGCUGGAAGCUGCAGCUCGACGAGGCGAACGAUUUUUCGGACGUAGCCGCCGUUUGUCAGGAUAUCUGCAACUACGCCGGCCGUACUGCUGGUACCGGGAUGCCGGAAAGCAACCUGGAACCGAUGCUUGUGAACGAUGCAGCGGACGGUGAAGCACCGGACCGGGCGGCUACCGGCGCAGAACCAAAUUCGUCGAGCAGCAUCUUAACCCGCACGCUGCUGGCCAACCUAAAGGAUGCGAACAAAACCCACAGCCAGCGGAAAAUUAUUUCCAAAUCCUACUACAAUCUCUGCCACCGGAAUGUGCUGGAAGGUGCACCGCUGGAGGAGGUGUACGGCGUGUCGGAUCUUGGCAAAUGCGAUGAGAAUAGCGUCGCCAUUUAUGGUAUGCUGAAUUCCCGCUUUCUCGCACACAUGCAGACGCUUCCGACACUUGCGAGCGUAGCGGCACGAAAUCUCGCCCUGUUCCUCUCACCCGCCGCCGGUUACAACCGCUGGUUUAAUACUGUGUCGGAAAACGUGCUUACCAUCGAACGGUUGAAUCUGUUCCGGAACGUGCAUACCGGCGAACAGUACGAGCGCAUGUGGCACAUCGUGCUAACGAACCUGGAGUCACCGUAUCAUGGGGCGCGGGAAAACAUGCUCGCCUUGCUCAAGUAUCUCGUAAAGGAUGAGCGAUUCAUGCGUCAGAUCGUGGUGCCGGAACUGAGCCGAUGGUCCUGGAUAAAUCGUAACAAGUUUCAUCUUCUGGUUAUACUGCUCGGUCAGUAUAAGGUGCAAACGUUGAUGGCGCUGCUGCACCUCGACACAGAUCUGCUCGGUGGGGCGCUUCGGCUGUCGCUCAAGUACAAGCAUCUGCACACCGGUGGACAGGCGCUCGUUCGGCUGCUGCAUAAGGAGCAACGGAUGACCGCGUUUGUGUUCGACCUGGUAGCAACCGUCAUCAUCGAGGAAGAACACGACCUGGUGCAGGUGAUGGCAAAGUAUUGGUUCAGCUGUUUCACGCCGAAGGACUACCGCACCGUGUACCGCACCCAUAUAAACCUGGAGCACGUCAUAACGGUGCACUUUGAGGAGCUCGGUGUGGAGAAUCUGUUCCCACCGUACUGUAAGCACAACAAGCACGAAAAAUUGUUCCUGCUGGCGUUCCUGUUUCGGCGCGAGCUGCAAAAGCACGCCUAUCUGAAACCGUUCCUGCUGCACCUGUGCGAUUUGGCCGAUAGGCAGAAGCCACUGCCACCGGCCACGCUCGGGCUGCUGAUAGAAUCUCUCGGGUAUUACAUUAUCGCGUGCGGUGCGACGGAAAGAAUCAACACGUACCGACUCACGACACACCUGACACGCUACAUGGUGGAGGUGAUGGAAACGCCCGGCCAUCUUGCCGUGUGCAACACGAUCGUAACGGUGUGUCGCAAUCUGCUGAAACAUAUCGUCCACAUCCAGCAACGACCUCCUUCCACCGGCAAGGAGUUCAACCGCGACGCACAAGCCCUGGUGGCGAAAUUCAUGUCCUACGACAUGUACGAUCGAUACCUGCUUCCGCCCGGCACGAAACCCGUCGACUAUCAACCAACCAUCACCGCGCUCCGCUUGUUUGCCGCGUUUGUGGAGCAAUUCUUCGAGUUCACCCCAUCCAGCCAGUAUGUGUUGCAGAUGCGCCCGACCGAGAAGGUUGCCUGGAUCGCGAAACUGUUGCCCGCGUCGCUGCCGCUCGACGAGCUAGCUUCCUCGUUCCGUUCGAUGGUGUACGGUUUGCAGCACCAUCUGCGUAGCGAAUUCGACGACGUACGGUUGAUCACGCUCAAGAUGCUGUACAACCGGCCCGUCGCGUACCAUUUCGAUCCGAAGCUGCAGGACCAGCUGGCGAUCGUGUUUUCGCGCGGCGACGAUACCGACACGGUGCGGCAAAAGCUGCACCAGCUGCUGGCGGACACGAUCGGGAAGGUGCGGGAUGCGAUACACCACCACAAGCAAGAUUUCUUUGCCGCCGUGCUGGCGGAAGACGACCAACCGAACGGGCAGCUGCACCGGCUGAUCGACCGCUGUACGGAGAUAUGUUUCGGGUUUCCGGACGGCCGGGCGGCCCUUACCAAUGCGGAACUAUUCCGCGUCCAUGACUGCGUGAUGGAGGUGUGGCAGCUGGCGAGCUAUGCCAUGCGCUGUGCGAAGCAGGCUGACGAACCGUACUACGGGACGAGCUUCGAGCUGAUGGAACGGUGUUUGCAGAUGCUGCUCGAACAAUCGCACGAAUGGAAAACGAACCACGCGCCCGGCUGUAUCGAUUCGUCGAAGAUGGGGCUCGCCAAGCGCAGGAUGCUGGUAGCGCUCUGGAAAACAUCACGGGCGGUAUCCACCUUUAUCGAGCACUCUGCCCUGUGGAUAGUGGAGAACAAUAAGGAGACGGAAAAUAGCCACGCGUUCGGCAUAUUCCAGGGCUAUCUGCAAACGUUGACCACAAUCAUAACGACCGCCUGUCACCGGGGUGCGAUCGAAGCGGGCGGUAACUGUCUGAGCCGUGUCGUGCGCCAGUUGAUGCAUCUCAAGCAGAACGUUCUUACCGGCGAAACGGGCGCCAACAGCGCACGGUUCCGACCGUUGAAGCGGUACACCGCGGAGAUCAAGCGCAUGUGCGAGACGAUGCUAGAGUACCCGCAGCAGCAUCUGGACGAUUUUCGGCGACAUCGCGGCUACAUCUGGAUGCUGCACAGCUGCAUGCGCAGUGACGCGGUUGACAUUGUGCCGGGCUCACCGUUGCGUAUGUAUCUCGAGGAGCAUAUGCAACUCGCCCAGCGGGCGGCCGACCAUGAGCGCGAGCAAUCGAACGAUGAGACGGUACCGCCGGUGAUGAUGGUGCUGUGGUUGCAUCAGCUCAAUCUGCUCGCCCGUGAAACGGUACUGAACGAGUCGAUACUGCCGCACAUCGAUGAGCUGAUGAUACUUGCGCUGGCCCACAUCCGCUCACCGCAGUGGCCGAUACGGAAUGCCGCACUGCAGCUGUACUCGUCCUGCGCCGCCAAGCUGACCGGUCAACGCCAGCAGUACAAAGAUCCGGAUGCCGAUUGGGCACCGGUCUACACGUCGUUCGAUGAGGUUGCCGCGAAAGCGAACCGCACGAUGGAGUUUAUGUUGCGGCAGCUGAAGACGCUGCUGCCGCUCGGGGAGCGCAGCCCGGAUGAACACGACCGUGCCGGUACGUUUCCCGUGCAGCGCGAUCCCGUCACACCGUUCCUGCUGCUGGUGCUGGAGUUUAUCUCCAAGCUCGAGUACCGCGGGUACCGUGGUGCCGCGCCGGAAAACACGACCUACACGGCGCACGUGCACAAGUAUCGGGCAAUUCUGUGGCAGCUGUUGCGCCACGAGCACGAUCAGGUGCGCAAGCUGGCCGCCCGUUCGUUUGCCCAGCUGCACGAUCACUACGCCGAGAUACCGAACCUGCUCGAGCACAUGAUCCGUGUGCUGUUUACCUCGCGCGAUUCCAACUUCCGCCAGGGCCUGUGCCAAGCGAUAAUGGCGUGCAUCCAGAAGUACGUCACGCUGGAACGGUUCGGGCGGCGGAACCAGUGGAUCGAGGAGCAGCAGCACCAGCACCGGCUCCCGCGCAUGAAGGAUGUCAUCUUGAAGGCGGUGCGCGAAAUGGUCGGACGCCACUAUAUGCUCGACCGGGAGAUCAACUUUGUCUCGACGUUUCGGUUCCGGUGCGAGCUGCACAAGCUGCUGCUGUAUCUGCGCUUCCCGCGCGACUGCUCGGUAGUGAUGGAGCUGAUCAUCAACCGGCUCGCACCGAACAUGCACGGGCUGGACGUGUUUGCGAUGCAGCUGAACCAGGUGUACAACAGCGGGCUGAGCACGGUGCCGGAAACGGAACCGGAACCGUCGGCGGCCCGCCACCACCACCUACACCAACAACAGCCACAUUCCAUGCCGUACGAACUGUUUUUGGAGCUGGACCGCGAACUGCUGCAGGAACCGGUGGAGGAAGUUUAAAAUAAUUUCCAUCAGAACAAGGUCCGCGCGCAAUGGUGGUGGUGUGCGGUGCGGUACACACCUUUUUUCUUCCCAUCGACAUUUUGUUUUCCUUUUCUUCUUCCAGGUUUUUUGUUUUCGGUUUUUUUUUUGUUGUUUGUUUGCUUUGGAGUUCGACCAGGAACUGGACGAUUGAUAACAAACUGAUAUAACAUAAUUUGUAUAUACCUCUAUAUACAUGAAUAAUUGGUGAAGGAAUUGUUUGAACACACACACACACACACAUAUAUUAAAAACCCCUAUUUACACCCUUGAUUCAAAAUUAAGGGGGAAAAUGAAGUAAGAGGAAGGAAUAGGAGGGAGGGUGGGAGAGGCGAGUUUGUUAUAGUAAAAAAAGAACAACAACAACAAAUUGUAACUUUUGAAUUUGGGAACGAUGCUUCUAAAGCGAUUUGGAUGAUAUUUGUCUGAGCUACCAAUAUGACUUCGGAAUUUGUAAUCGCAUCAAAUAGACACACAUCCCAUGCGGCAUGCGACAAACAAAAAAAUUAGGACGGAAUUAUUGAAAAUUUGAUAGAAGAAGAGAUGAAGAUGGUUUGCUGCAUUACCGUCACAGACUCUGCAGAACUGAAUGAACACUAUUUUGUUUGAUGUAAUUAUUAUGAAAGGACUAUAUAAAAACAAAAACAGC